AUGUUUGGUGACCCCUGUGUCCUUCCACAGUUUGCAGACCAGUUUAAAGAAAUAAGAGAAGCUGCUCGACUGGCCAGAGAAAAGUCCCAGGAGAAGUUUGAGUUGACGAAUCCAGGCCUCAACAUUGCUGCCCCACAGCUCUCCCAGGAGUUGGGUGAGGAGCGGCACUCACCCCCCCUGCUGACUGUCAAUGGACCCGGAGGAGAGACGGACAAACUGUUCCGCAGCAAGAGCGCCGACAUGGAGCUCACCGCAGAGAAGGAGCGCAUCAAGAAGAUGCUGUCGGAAGGGUCCAUCUGUGAGAUCAACAUGGAGGCGGAGCUCUUCACUCUCCAGGACAGCAACGGCAAGCUGGUCGCCGCACUGCACGAGGCCAACACCAGCGUGGAGCAGUGGAAGAACCAGCUGGCACAGUACCAGGAGGAGACCGAGAGACUCCGAGAACAGGUGGCAGAGCUGGAGCAGGUUGGUCGCCCUGAGGCAGGCGAGGCCGCGGGCAGAGACCAGCUGAGCCGCUCAUUGGACGAGCUGGAGGAGCUGCUGAAGGCCAAAGACCAGGAAAUCCACAGUCUGCAGAGCAAAAAAUCGGACGUCCAUGAAUUGGAGAAGGAGAAGGAGGGGGCCCAGGAGAGACUGCAGGAUCUGGAGGUGAAGAAUGCGGAGCUCGAGCAGCGUGUGCAGGUGGCGGAACAGACGCUGGCGUCCUCGCGGGACGAGCACGGCCAGGCGGAGAACGAGGUGCGGCGCAUCAUUGGCCUCCUGGACGUCAAGAUCGCCGACCUCAACGACAUCCGGCAGAGUAUCGCCAAGCUCAUCGACAAAUAGUUGUGUCCUUGGAGCCGGAGAGGAAGAACUCGGCUCAGGACAUUUGCACUGAGACUGGGGUGGGGAGGGGCUAGCACGCUCCAGCGUGUCCUCAAACACCCUCACUAAGCGCACACACACACACAAUACACACACACACACGCACACACAAAUACGUGCACACUUACACACACGCACAUAUACACACACGCACGCACUAAAGAAAUGCCCUUGUUGAUCUGUGGUGUUGGGUAGGCUGCAUUAUCAAUCUCAAUACUCUCUUCAUCUGUCUCUUUGCUUUCUUCUAUAGUUGAAUUAUGGGAAGAACUUUGU